AUGGAGCACGACUCGCUAGAUAUCAGUACCAAGUUGGUACUCCUGUCAAUACAACAUUUUCUUUUACGUCAUCGGGACAAAAUUACAGCUAUGAUCAAACCACAACUUCGAAAUUGUUUAAGAUGGGUGGGCGUGCACGAGCAGGAUUGGCUACCGUCGGUGUUCCGCGUGAUCCCCGAUGUGAACGGCAGGAUGGACACGGUUCGGCUGGAGAAUGGGACGCGUGCCGUUACACUCAUUCUCGCACGCGACCAAUUCCAGAACGUCAAAAUUUUUGCGCCACAGGUAUCACCAGGAUGCCAACUAUAUCUUCAUGCCGGAAACAUCCCCAGCUUCGAAACGCGGGACCGCACCUUGCUCUAUGUUUUUGACGAAGACAACGUCAAGGACUAUCAAUCGAGUUACGUGCGAACUACAGCGUUUACAUUCAUGGUCCCACAAAAUUGCACCGGGUCCUUCAUGUGGUCGGUGUUGAACAAAGCUACGUUGAUCGCUGAUUCAUACAAGCCGUCGAACGGCUGGAGCAUGAGCUACGAGUGGGUGGAGCCGUUCGGAGAGACGCAAUCAUUUAACGAUGCGAUGUCACAUUCGGCGUUGGACUCAAGCCCAGAUGCCCUGCCGGUAAAUUUUGUAGUCAAAUCUGCGACUCCGGGCUCUGAUGGACGCCUCACCUUCCAGAAUGGCCUGUCUCAAGUCAACGUGACCAACCCGCUGAAGAACUCGGAGAUUUACUUGAACGGCGUGAACUUCACGAUUUUGUGGUAUCCAUCUCAAAUGGCCGUGGAUAAGGGAUACCUUGUUUGGUAUCGAAUUGUCGCCGCGCCGGUGCAAACGUCGAUCUCUCCUGCUUCUCAGCCUACUACAUCUAACGUUCCAGUAUCCGUUGUAACAGUCGCAACAUCGCAAGCUCCGACGGCUUCACAACCCGCUUCCGCAGCUACCGUCACCAAUCCAGCCGGUACUUCUGGAUCUCCUGGUAGCACUUCCGCGCAACCGGCCACGACGACAACUUCCGGAAACCAAUUAAGCAAUUUGCCGGCCUUUAUGUGUAUUAACAUUAUGUUCCUAGCUUAUCUUCAU